AUGUGCGACGACGAAGUAGCAGCCCUUGUUGUCGACAAUGGAUCCGGUAUGUGCAAGGCCGGUUUCGCCGGGGACGACGCCCCCCGCGCCGUCUUCCCAUCGAUCGUGGGUCGGCCCAGACACCAGGGAGUGAUGGUCGGUAUGGGUCAAAAGGACAGCUACGUCGGCGACGAGGCUCAGAGCAAGAGAGGUAUCCUCACCUUGAAAUAUCCUAUCGAGCACGGUAUCAUCACCAACUGGGACGACAUGGAGAAGAUCUGGCACCACACCUUCUACAACGAACUCCGCGUUGCCCCCGAGGAACACCCUGUCCUUCUCACCGAGGCUCCCCUCAAUCCGAAAGCUAACCGCGAAAAGAUGACCCAGAUCAUGUUCGAAACCUUCAACAGCCCUGCCAUGUACGUCGCCAUCCAGGCCGUGCUCUCCCUGUACGCCUCCGGUCGUACCACCGGUAUCGUCCUCGACUCCGGAGACGGCGUCUCCCACACCGUGCCCAUCUACGAAG